CAUUUUAUCCUUUUUCUUUUGCCUUAACCUGCUCCUUUUAUCCCAUCUUUUAAAUUGAAUGUCUGGAAGUAAACGAAGGUUGUCUCUUAUCGCUCAGCAUAUAGGACAAAGAACAAAUGGAGCAGCAGUGAGUCAUAAGGGCAUUACGGAAACCAAAAAGCUCGUUAAGCAACUAAACACUGCUACGACAGCCAACAGUAACAGCAUCCAUCAUGAAGAGACUUUUCGAAAGAGAACGGACUACAAAUAUUUCCUUCCUAUACAAACUCGGUAAAGAAUAAUAGCAAGCUCAGCAAUAAAAGCAAUGCAUACUGACCCGACUUGAACGAUUCUGAGCAAAAUAGUUUUGGUGAUAAUGAUAUGUAUGGUCAUUUAAACAAUGCGGCUUAUUACUAUUAUUUCGACAGUAUUAUCAAUAAGUAUUUAAUUGAACAUUGUGGGCUAGAUACAUGCAGCACCAAUACAACGAAACCUAUCGGCUUGGUUGUUUCCAGUCAAGCAAACUUUUACGCCUCUGCAUCCUAUCCCCACUUGAUUCAUGCUGGACUUAGAAUCACAAAAAUAGGGAAUUCCAGUAUUGCCUAUCGUGUAGGUAUAUUUGAAGGUGACAACCUGACGGCUUGUGUUGUGGGUGGGUAUACGCAUGUUUUUGUAGAUCCGAAUACCAGAAGGCCUGUCCAAGCUCUACCAAAGACAUUUAUAGAGGGUCUCGAAAAAUUAUUGUAGUAAGAAAGAGCAUGGUUACUCGGAUUCAUAAUUAUUAUUUGUAUUUGCAAUAAAAGUGUCGCUCCAUUGAAAACUUGAAAGAGAGCAAUAGCAUUUAUCAUGAAUGACUGCCUGGCAUGAAUAGGUUAGCUGUGCUAUAAGAAAGAUGAAGCGACAAAGCUGUAUGCAUUUAUAACGUAAAGUUGCAACCUCAGUAGAAAAUGGUCGGACGGCUAACAAUAAUAAAGGACGAUUUGAAUAAUUGCUGUGUUGUUGAAAUAUGGCUACCACGUAAGGUGAAAUGGGUCUCCUUAGUCCUUUUAUUGUCACUGAAAAUUGGAGAGUGGAGCGUUCACAGCAAACUGAAUGUUUGUAUUUAAAAAAGAGAAUAAUAAAAAAAAUACUCGGUCCU